AUUGGUUGGACCGUCUCACGUGGACGACGUCACUCUGUUGUUUUUGGGUGCGCGCGGCCUUCAGCGAGAACUACACGGAUAAAUGAUGGUUAUAUUAUGGAAAAUUAUUCAUUUCACCACCAUAACUGGCUUUUCCUUUUGUUUCCUUAACGACGUGGCUCCGGAGGACAACCCCGACAUACCAGCCAUCGCCAAAUAUUUCAGCACGAAGGGGAGGUACGAGGAAGUGAAUCCGUAUCUCAUAGAGGACAUUCUGGCUGUAAACAGAUCUAUUUUGCAGCCCCCGUCUGCGCAAUGUCGGGAAAUCCAUCUGACUGCAAUUAUAAGACACGGCACAAGAUAUCCGACCACUAAAAACGUCAAGAAGAUGCAGAAGCUUUACGACCUGUUGAAGAGCCUUCCCCCUGCAAAAGAGAGCUGGCUGCGCGAGCUCCAGACCCAGUGGACCAUGUGGUACACCGAUGACAUGGACGGACGGCUCGUCCAGAAAGGUGUGAACGAUCACAAGCAUCUGGCCGUCAGGCUGUCAAAGCUGUUCCCUUCACUGAUCUCCGAGGAGCACCUUCGAGGUGGACGCAUCAAAUUCAUAACCAGCUCCAAGCACAGAUGUGUCAACAGCACACUCUCAUUCAAGGCAGGACUGACAGAGCUGUGGGCUAUUGAAGACAUGGAGUUUGAUCACACUGUGAAUGAUGCUCUGAUGAGGUUUUUUGACCAGUGCACCAGGUUUGUGCAGGAAGUCGACAACAACCCGUCAGCUGCACCGGAGCUGGACAAGUUCAAGCAGGGUCCAGAGAUGAGGAGGGUCCAGGAGAAGAUCGCAGACCGCCUCGGAGUCCCAUACAGUCUCAUCACAGCUGAUAUGGCCGAAGCUGCGUUUUACUUGUGCGCUUACGAGCUUGCCAUCAAGACUGUGAACUCCCCGUGGUGCAAGUUCUUCCAUGAGGUUGAUGCACAGGUUAUCGAGUAUUCAAGUGACCUGAAGCACUUCUGGAAAAGAGGCUACGGUUACGAUAUCAACAGCAAAUCGAGCUGCAUUCUUUUCCACGAUGUGUUCAGUCGUCUGGACAAAGCAAUCAACGAGAACAAGUCAGACCAGCAGGUGACUGAAGCUGUGACGAUCCAGGUCGGCCACGCAGAGACCCUCCUGCCCCUGCUCACCCUGCUGGGCUUCUUCAAGGACAACGACGCCCUGAAAUCUGACAACUACGCCGCGCAGACUGAGCGCUCCUUCCGCACCAGCCUCAUGUUGCCCUACGCAGCUAACUUAGUCUUGGCGCUGUACGACUGCGGGGGAGGCGACCUUAGACUGCAGCCACUGCUCAACGAGAAGCCCGUGUCUUUCCCCGGCCUUUCGACCGAUCAGCCGGCGUCCAUGCCGUCCUAUCAAGAAGUCAGAGAGCGGUACAGGGAGCUGCUCCAAGGCUGUGACUUUGAAUCUGAAUGUCAGCUGUUCAAGGAGCCCGCUGGAGUUUAGGUGGACAGGGUAGAUUCUGGUUUUAUUUGCGAAGUGGAGUGUUUAUAAUAGGGAUGACUUCAUCUGGUUGCCUUUCCCACACAAACCGUGAACUUUCCAAUGUUUAACCUGACGAUUUAUGUGAAUGGAGCCUCAGAGAGGUAUUUUUAAUCAUUUUGUCUUACACUUGGAAAAAAAAUUAAAUUCCAGAAAUGCCCUGCGAUCCUGUAGUCUAGGAAAUGAGUUUCAAGUUCCUCCAUACCCUUACAGUAUUACCCAUGCUAUGAUGUUACUCAUUCUACUCAAUAUUAUUGUAAUAUAAUAUUAUUCUCUUUUACAAGCUUUUGUUGCUUCACAACAGUAUUGAACUUAUUUAUACAGUACGUAUGUUAUAUCCGCUGCUGCCUGAACAUAUCCUUGAAUAAAGGGUGCUGCUAUUUGUGACUGCUUUAA